AUGUCUCAGGAGGCGGCUCCAGUGGGCCCCAGCACGGAGGACCCCGUUCUCAGUCCCCUCAACAGCCUUGGACUUUUCCAGGAGGACAUGGAAGAAACCAGCUCCAUGUCAGGCCUGGCACCAGACCUGUCAGGAGAGAGCUCGGGGGACCCCGUUUGUGCUGGCAGUGGGAAGAGGGUCCUCAGGGAAGAGUCUUGUCAAGAUGCCAGCUCCCAGGCAGUGGGUGCUCCUGGGGGUAUCCCAGAGGCCACGGCCCAUCCUGUGGUCCUGCGGCAGCAAGCUGUGGGACAGAGCUGGAAUUUGGUGCCCAGCCCGAGGCUCUGCUGUCACCUACCCACAGAGCCUGCCCAGGGGAGGGCUCAGGCCUUCAAGAGGGUCCAGAUUAUUCUGCACGACAUCUUAGCAGGAGGUUGUCCCAGGAAUCUUUGUAGUGGGUGUGUGGGAGCAAGAAAGAAAAGCAGGAAGUCUGAAACCCCCUCAGAGGGUCAGGAAGGUAGCUUCUUACGGCUUGGUCAGAGCCCUAGUGGGAACAAGCCCCAGGCUGUGGGAGACCCCCUGCGAGGUGCUGACGUGGCGUCCUUGGAAGGCCCGUGCAGUCCUCUCUCUUGCAAGGGCACUGGGUCUGGGCCUGGACACCCAGGUGGAGAUUGGGUGGACUGUGACUCAGGGAUUGAGAAGUUUGAAUAUUUGCCCACUGUAAGGGGUGGGACCCCGCCAGGCAGCCCCUGGGACCCUGUGAACUCCCCUGUGCCCACUGGAGGACUGUCACUUCAGCUAGCUGCCCGGGAUCCUCUCCAGAGCCCUGAGCUGUGCCCAGGAGGGUCUGGAAAGGCUUCCACAGCACAGCAAGAAGCUGAGCACAUCAUGAGGCCUGGCUUUGGUGAUGGCCAUGGUGCUUCACACAACCAGGAGGAGCUGGAGGUCGUGGCUCGACCAGUGUCUUGGGGGAGGCCAGGGCAGGGACUUGGUAACACCCCCUCCAGCUUCCUGGAGCCUGUAGCCAGCAAGGCUAGCUCAGGCCCAUCCACGAGGCAGAGAAAUUCCAAGUGUGCUAAACAGUUGAAAAUGGACCCAGUGCCUGGUACCCAGGAUCAGGGCACUAACAGAUGGCCAGACAGCUCCAACCAGGACCAAACAGAAGAAUCCAGCCCAGGAAGCGGUCCCAGGCUGGAGGCGAUGAGAAUGGCCCAUGGAGUGAAGCUUGUGUGUUACGUUGGUUCCGAACCAGUGAUCUACCUCCUGGGGGCCGUGAGCUACAGCCAGGCAGGGGGCCAGCUACCUCCAAGGUUGGAGGUUCUGGAGGACAUGAUGGAGGCCUACUCAGCCUCAUCUGUCCAGAGGCCCAGAAAGAAGCAAAGGUGCAGGGCCCGGGGCCGCAUGAGGCGCCAGGUGAGGGUUCGUGUUCAGAAGCCCAGUGCUGAGGGUCUAGGGGUGAGUGCUUCUGCUCUGGCCACGUGGUCUCCCUCCCUGGGCACAGGUCAGGGCGAAUGUGGGGGUGCACAGUGCAGCCCAGUGGAGGCUGAAGAGGAGGAACCUGGAGAACAAGCAGGGGGCGAGGACUUAGCUCAGCUUCAGCCCCAACAGGAGAAGCCACCCCUGGAUACUGGGGUACGGAACACCGUGGUCCGCACCAUGCAGGAGGCGCUGUGGAGUCGCCUUCGGAAGCACCCAGACCUGGUGCUUAGUGAGAAGGUCGUGGAGGGCAUCGCUGCUGGCAUCGAGGCAGCCCUCUUCAACCUGACACAAGCCACCAACAGCCGCUACAAGACCAAGUACCGCAGCCUGCUGUUCAACCUGCGGGACCCCAGGAACCCGGAGCUGUUUCUCAAAGUGGUUCAUGGAGACAUCACCCCCCACGGCCUGGUGCGGAUGAGUUCAGUCCAACUGGCCCCCCAAGAACUGGCCCGCUGGCGGGACCGGGAGGAGAAGAGGGGCCUGGAGAUCAUUGAGCAGCUGCGGAAGGAGCCACAUAGCCUCCCGGCCUCCAAGCUGACCCAUAAGGGGGAAGUCGAGAUCCUGCGGGACAUGGACCAGACGCUGACCUUGGAGGACCUGGUGGGACCCAUGGUGCCCAUAGAUGGCGGCCCCCUGGCCCUGCCCGCCGCAUCGAGGGGGAGCACGGAGCAGCACGAGCACCGCUCCCUAGACCCCAGCUGCCGCGUCUGCACAGACUGGAAGCCCUCGCGUGAGCAGCCAGGCUCCCUCAAAGCUGCAGGGAGGAUGCGGGAUGAUGCUUUCCAGAGAGCCCCAAGCCAAGUUCCUGUGUCCUUUUCAGAUAUGCCCCAAAACAAGGAGAAGCCUCUAGCAGCACGCAAGGACAGGGUCCCUCCUUCUAGGCUCCAGAUGCCUGCUGGGCCCACAAAGGCCCUGCCCAGCCAGGUGCCCUGGGAGGGGUCUUUGGACAUGUUCUGCAUCAAGCGGUUCCGGGUCAGGGCCCAGCUGGCCUCGGGACACAGCUGUCGCCUCAUCCAGGCCCUGCCCCAGGUGAUCCGCUCUGCAAGCUGCAUCGCCCCUGAUGCUGUCUGGGACUUUCUGGCCAGCAUCUGCCCAGCUGAGGCCAAGGACGUUUGCGUGGUCAGACUGUGCCCACGGAGCUCUCGGGACGCCCAGAGCUGCCACCUGCUGUACUCCUACCUCAAUAUCAAGCAGCGCCACGCCUUGGCAGCCAUGGGGCAGGUGAAGCUGGUCCUGCUGCCCCUGCCUGCCUUCCAGCCCCUGCCCUCCAGGCUGCGCUCUCUUGGAGGUCCAGGCCUGGAAGCCACUCACUCUAGCCUGUUGCUGGCUGUGCUGCUCCCACAAACAGGGCUUCCGGCCAUGGCAGGAUCUGGUGCCUUGAGGGGGAAGGUUCACAAAAUGGUCUCCUUCAACAGAAAAGUGGAGAUGAGAUACUACCAGCCAGAGGACAAGGGACCACAUGUGGCCCUGAAGGGCUCCGCUCCCCCAGGGGAUGCCGUGCAGCAGAGCCAGGGCAAAGACAGCCUGGCUCCAAGGGGAAUUUGUGCUUGGCAAAGACCACCCAGAGGCAGGGGGAGUCUGUGGGGAGAGCCUGAGACCUGGCAGGUUCCUGGGCGAGGGCCAUGGCCUCCAAAACCAGGCUGGUGCCAGUCCUGGCAUCCCUAUUCAGCAUCACCAGUUGGCCAUGACCAGCACCGCCACAGGGCUUCCUGUCCCAACCAAGCCCUGCUCCAGCAUCUCGAAUCCCUGGUGGCCAUGACCCAGCAGCUCCAAGCCUCACUGAUGUCCCCAGGACAGGAGGAACUUUCCCAACCCCCCGCUCAGCCUCCCACAGUCCCUGGGACUCUUGGCCUUCUCUGCCAGCCCCCUGCAGCUCCAGAACCCCCUGGCCCAGCCCUGGGCUCCUCUUUGGGCCCUACAGAUGGAGCUGGCACUGAUAGUCCCCUUCCUGGAGAGACCUGA